AUGCUCACAGCAAGGAAUCCCGAAGCAAAAGCUGGGUCCGAGCUCUCCCUGAUGCCAGCACUCGAUGCAGCAGGGAGCCUUGUGAGGCUGCGCCUCAGGGAGGUGUAUCCAAAUGCUGUCAUUGACUCGGCCUUCCAGUUCUGGCACUCAAGAGUGGGAGAGCCUGAAGACAUUUCAGACGACCAACUUGAGCAGUUCCUGAUCGGCUGCCUGGCCCUACAGGACUCAGAGGCCUGGCAAAAGGGUCUGGAGGUAGACGCACGGGAGAGACAGGGCGAGGCAACUGUAGGUCUCUCCGGCGCUGCGCCCAUUGUUCCUACGCUGUGCAUGAGGACUCAGCAUUUGGCGGCUUCUGCUGCAAACAUUGCCACCAGUCAUGGCUUCGAGGCGAGGGCCCUCAGCACGGCAAGCGAUGUGCGAGGAUCCCCGAAGGAGGACGUCCACCUCCGCUGGGCGGCACUGCCAAUUCCUCCAACAGAGCCGCUCGAGGGCGCUUCUGGCAAGAAGAAAAAGAGCUCCGCUGCUGCCGCUGCUGUCAAUAUUUCCCUGCACCUGGUCGAUGACACAGGCAUGUCAGGCAGCUCGCCGGCCAACCUCACCACAGACUCCCGAGUUUGCACCCAGGGAAGCUCUGAGCCACGUUGGGAGGACUACGUGCCAUGGCUGGGGAGACUACUGUUUCUGACAACUGUGGGCAGAGCAGAGUGCGCGACCCAUGCGAUGGGCACAUGA